UUUCUUUUUUUUUUUUUUGUCCGUGAUGGUGGUUCGAGCAAGGGACUAACUAACUUACUAAAAUAAAUAUAAUAAUAAGUUUUCCCAGGUCUGAAGCUAGCACCGGGCUUCAACAGGAGGGGGGAGGGGAAUAAUAAUAAUAAUAACUCAUGCAGGAAAUAUCCAGGAAUCCCCCGUAUUGGCCAGGUUGGUCCGAGUCUUUUCGCCUCUUGUUGCUUUUCUUUUUUUGACUCUUCUUCCGUCUUUCUUUUCUUCUGGAUGGGAGUUUGGGGAAGAAGUGCAAGAACCCGUUCGGAAAGGUGGUUUCAUUUUUACAUUAUUUGUUCCCCCACAUUAUCAUUAUUACCUAUCUCUCUUUGUAUUUCUCCUCUGUUCGCCCUUUUGGUAUUAUUAUUUCCUAUUCCUGCUACUUUCCAACUCUCGCUUAAUUUAAAUCCCGUUGCUUGCUUGUGCCCCCCGCUGCAAGGGUUUGGACCUUCUAUCUAGUUACAUGUGUUUUCCAUUGAUCCAAAAAGACUAACUACUUCCCUCACUCAACGUUAAUACCCGCACAGUGGUCUUUAUCCCUACAAAGACAAAAGACAAAGCAAAGGGGAGAGAGACGGGAAGAACCAGUAUCAACGACGAGGGAAUGUCCUGGUGGUUGAGCUUUACAUAAUAGAUAUAUCGUUACAUACCCUCCUCCUCCUCCUCCUCCUCCCCUAUCUCGCCGUAUCGUAUAGCAUCAUCGCAAACCACAAAAUAUCGUUGAUCGAAUUAAACCAAUAAACCAACACGUUCACGAGAAAACGAAACACACAGCGGAGGAAAAAAAUAUAUUACUCAUCGUCGUCGUCGCUCCUGUUAAAAACUCGUUACGUGCGUGCAAAAAGGGGUCACGUUGAGCAGCGGAGCGGAGCGGGGUGAGCUGCAGACCCCAAAGAUAUCAAGCAGCGGGAUAUUUGCAACCAGUGUUCGCUCUCUCCGAUUCACUUACUCUCUUCAACCAUACUGUACUAUCGACACAUACAUACAUAUAUCCAUACAAUAUCUCGCUGCACAAGUAUUACAAACCACCGAACCAAAGCCAAAAAAAGCCAGACCUGAAAACCCGCAAAAAGAAAAAGAAAAAAGAAAGAAAGAAAGAAAGAAAGAAAGAAAGAAAGAAAAAGAAAAAGAAAAAGAAAACCCCAAGAUGCCAUCCCAACCCUCAAGAUUCACCGAGCUCCUCGGCUCAGAACGGCUCAAACGACACACCUUCUCCAGCGCUGACGUGCGACUGGAAGAUAUCCUCGCCGCGGAAGCUGCCCAAGCCACUACCACUACCACUACCACUGCUGCCGCUGCUGCUGCUGCCUUGCAAAGGUCCACCACGGUCAGCAGAUCGCGCUCUACCGCGUCAACAUUUUCGACGUCUUCGACAUCGUCGGCAUCCUCUUCCUCGUCAUCGGGUUCGCGGAGGAAGUUGGCUUUUAGGUGGAUUCCUUUUCCCGUGGGGGGUCGAUAG